CCCGCACGUCCUUCCCCCCUCCUGCCCAGCUACACUACAGGCUGGAGCCCCGGCAGCACGGCGCGCAACACAACACUCUGACAGCUGCCUGCGACUGACUGGAAAAAAAAAACCAAGAGGGAAAGAUGGAGCACAGAGAAGCCGACUGCAACAUAAUGUUAAUGACCGACUCGUACAAGGUAACACAUUACAAACAGUACCCCCCCAACACGAGUAAAGUGUACUCCUACUUCGAGUGCCGUGAGACGAGGACAGACCCGAGCAAAAGCAGAAAGGUCAAAUAUGACAAAACCGUCUUCUACGGCCUGCAGUACAUCCUCCAGAAAUACCUUAAAGGAAAGGUGGUGACUCCAGAGAAGAUCCAGGAGGCGAAGGAGGUAUACAGAGAACACUUCCAGGAUGACGUUUUCAACGAAGGGUGGAAUUAUAUCUUGGAGAAAUACAACGGACACCUGCCUAUUGAAAUCAAGGCGGUGCCGGAGGGGAGUGUCAUCCCUCGGGGGAAUGUUUUGUUCACAGUGGAGAGCACGGACCCGGAAUGCUAUUGGCUCACCAACUGGGUGGAGACCAUCCUGGUUCAGAUCUGGUACCCCAUCACUGUGGCGACCAACUCCAGAGAACAGAAGAAGAUCCUCGCUAAGUACCUGCAGGAGACCUCUGGGAACCUCGAGGGCCUGGAGUAUAAACUACAUGACUUUGGCUACAGAGGCGUCUCCUCACAGGAGACUGCGGGCAUCGGGGCCUCUGCCCAUCUGGUCAACUUCAAGGGCACAGACACGGUCGCUGGCAUCGGUGUCAUUAAGAAGUACUACGGCACCAAGGACCCCGUGCCAGGCUUCUCAGUGCCCGCUGCAGAGCACAGUACCAUCACAGCGUGGGGGAAGGACCAUGAAAAAGACGCCUUUGAGCAUAUCAUCAAGCAGUUCCCCAGCGUGCCCGUGUCCAUAGUCAGCGACAGCUACGACAUCUACAACGCCUGUGAGAAGAUCUGGGGAGAGGACCUGCGGGGGCUGAUAGAGAAACGCAGUGCAGACGCCCCGCUGGUUGUUCGACCAGACUCUGGGAACCCUCUCGAUACAGUUUUGAAGGUUUUGGAGAUCUUGGGUAAGAAAUUUAUUCCAAAGGAGAACUCAAAAGGAUUCAAGGUCCUCCCUCCUUACAUCAGAGUCAUUCAAGGAGACGGAGUAGAUAUCAACACACUGCAAGAGAUUGUGGAAGGCAUGAAGGAACACAAGUGGUCCAUUGAGAACAUUGCCUUUGCCGGAGGGGCUCUGCUGCAGAAACUGACCAGAGACCUGCUCAACUGCUCCUUCAAAUGCAGUUACGUGGUGACUAACGGCCUCGGGGUAAAUGUCUUCAAGGACCCAGUGGCGGACCCCAACAAGAGGUCAAAGAAAGGUCGCCUGUCUCUGCACCGGACACAGGGCGGAGACUUUGUCACCCUAGAAGAAGGGAAGGGUGACCUGGAGGAGUAUGGCGUGGACCUGUUGCACACAGUCUUUCAGAACGGGAAGAUGGUGAAGAUGUACACAUUCGAUGAUGUCAGAGACAAUGCCAAGCUCAAAGAGAGUGAGCUUGAUGAGCUGCUGCACUGAACACAGCGCUACUGAACCCCCAACUUUUCACCCUAACCCCCCAAAUACCCCCCUCCCUCCCCCCCCCCACCUUCUUCAUUUCACCUUUUGGCCUCUGACGUCACCGCCGGAAAACGGUGGUAAUGUGCACUGCUAAUACAACCCACUCCCAAAGCCUGAGAGCCCCCCCCCCAAAAAAAAUAAAAAAUAAAAAAAAUGUUCCCUAAGAAAACCUAAGAUCUACCUUAAUAUUCACAGAAUUUACCUUCACAAUUUAAAAAAAGAAACACCUGCUCUGGGUCUCUAACAGAGUCAGAAAUUUGGAAUCAACACAAUACCUGAGGAGGGGAAAAAAGUGCAAGUCAGGAAAUUACAGAUGAGUUAGAGGGAGAGAAGAAACCAUUAUAAUGACUUCUUCAACCUCCGACCCAAAAACAAAAACAAAAAAAAAAAUCAGCACGUUGCACUGAUAGGCCUAGACAUGUUGAAAAGUGAGACUGUGAUUGGCUAUCGGGGGCCGAUGUGUUAGCAGACUUUUUCAUGCUGACACACAAGCAAAUCAGCAGAUUGUAGAUUUUUCUUUCUUUUUUUUUUUUUAAAUAAGCUCCGAGCGCAAUGAGCCCACAGUAAGUCCGAGUGAGGACGAUCACGGCUGAGAGAGAUAUCCAAUUAUGAAGCCACGCCCACACCAAUGACCGUGCCCCGUGUAUUGUGUACAGAACUGUUUAGAGAAGAAUUACAUGUCUGAAUCUACUUAGCUUUGUCUUUUUAUGUGAAGGAUAAUGAUAAUGGUAGUAUAUAAUGAUGCACCAAUAACAUUGACCCAAAAACUGUUAAUGUGUUGCUUCAUAAACAUGUAAACUUAUAUUUCUGGGUGAUUAUGGAGUUCACCCCCUUUGCUUGCUCUUUAGCCGAAGUUAUUCAUCAUGUACUACCUGAAUAUUUUCUACUCUUACUCUGCCAAAUCGAAUGUUAUUGGUGCAUCUCUUAAGGUUUAUUAAUGAUCUACUUGCCAUUAUGUUGCCCAAAGAGUAUCCCCAUAAUGACAGCCCAAUCCAGCCCAGUCAUUACAUAAAGAUUUACCUUCUUUUUUUUUUUUACAUGUGUAAAUUAUAAUUAUGAUGAUAGGUUAAUUAUAAGGAGAUAAUUUCCUAUUAACAAUUUGAUAUUCUAAAUAAGCCCAACAUGUUAACAAGAUGACAUGUUUAAAUUCCAGUGAAAAGUUUUGGAUUAAGCCCUCAUGAUGGUGAAUGCUCUGAAAACCAAUCUUUGGGUUUGAAAAAAAAAAAAAAAAAAAAAAAAACAUACAUUGAAAUUGUCUUCACAGGACUGAAGAUGAUCUAACUAUGUGUUUAUGAAAGAUUAAAUAUGUGGCUCCCAGGCAGACAUGUUACAUUUGUUAAAUGUUGGUUCUGAUGUGCAGGAAUGAUGAAAUGAAGUGUGCGUGGUUGUGUAGUGUGUGUGUGUGUGUGUGUGUGUGUGUGUGUGUACUGAUAAUUUCUUCCUCUGAAGGAUCGUCUUGUAUCCCUUUAUGCAAAUGAACUUGUUGAUCGAGGGAAUAAUCAACAACACUCUUCCAUUUACUUUGCCGGCGUUUUUUAUUUUGAAAGGAGACGCAGCGUUGUGACAUACAAGUGAGUGAAAGUAUCCAAGAGGCAAAAAAAAGUGAGACUCUGUCGCCCUCGAUAUCACUGCCCUAAAGAGGGAAAAGCCGGGUGUGUUGUUUGGAUUUGUUGCUGAGAUAUAAGUGAAAUCUUGCAUCUAAAGCCUUUCCAGAGCAUACGUAACAGGCGGAGUGCCACUCCCCUUUUUGCAUUUGUGUUUAGUCACAUGGUUGAGUUGGCCCUUUUCAGAGUGAAGGGAUUUGAUUGGAGCAAGGGGCUAGUGACAUCACAGGUUAAAAAAAAAAAAAAAAAAGGUUGUUUAUACAGAAAAGCAAAAUAUGUGUGUUCCUCCUACUUUGGGUUUUGGCACAUAAUAGACACACUGCCAGUGUAGAACCACAUACAACUCAAAAGAUUCCAACAUGUUAUUUCUGUCUACACUAGUAGCUACAACUGUUGGAUGGAUUUUUAUAAACCUACAUAAUAAAUCUAAAAGUUGUUUGAGACCAAAUGCCUGCAAAACUGAUGACAUUCCUAUCAGGCUCAAUUGCAAUUUGUGGGUUUCUAUCAUGCCACAUUUUGCUCACAUUAGCACAUAGCUCCAGGUGUAACAUCAAAAGGCUGCUCGCAUAGCAGUAGACUGCCUUUAAAAUCUUUGUUACAUGCUUUUUUUUUUUUUUUUUUUUUGGCUGCCCCCUGGUGCUUUUUUAAACUCAUCGGUUCACACAUUUUCAACAGGGAGCUCACUAAUGAUAAUAAAACCUGCUAAGUGUUAGCAGCCUCAAUGGAUCUAUUAGAGCUUCCGUGACCUUUUCGUUUGACCCUGCUAGAUUUCUGCGAUUUUUUUUUUUUAGGGAAGACCUUGAAGAAACCUGUGCUGUCACUUACUCCAAUUUCCCCCUCUCUGGCUCCGACUAAGCUGCUCCUGGCUGGUAAACAACACAUGCAAAAAAAAACAAAAUAACACUUCUUUUAGUUUUCCUUCUGUCUGCACUCCUCUCUGUUAUGACCUGUCACAUUAUUUGUUAUACAGCUUUUUCUGGGGCAACAACACAGUUCAGUGUUUGUUGUUGUUUUAUUGCUCAAAUUCAGAGGUGCAUCCAUUUCACUAUUUCGAUACUGUCUCAGUUCUUACCUCAAGCUUCAUUUUGUAUGACCAAGGAUGGAAAGAAAAUGCUCGAAUUAUUGCAGUAAAUAUCCUUAUUUACAAUGCGGCCAUACUGCCUUCUCACUUGUACAUACAACAACUAGUUUGACUGAAAGCAGAGCGGGCAGGUUAGGGAGACGACCACAAAAGAUGAUAUUAUUAUUUUUGUCGGAAACAACUGUUUUUUCUACCAACAGAAGAAUAUCCAAAACAGCUCGUGUGAAUUGGACGUGUGUGACUGUUUUUUUUGUGACUGUCAAGCUUUUUAGCUUCAGUUUGCGCAUGAGUGUGAAUGUGUGUGUGUGUGUGUGUGUGUGUGACCGCCUUGUGUAUAAUGGAUGAAAAAGUGUUUGUGGAUACUUUAUUUUCUUUAUGUUGUUGUUGUUUUACUUGUAUGUAUAUGUUGGUUGUCCCAAAUCCUCUCCCAACACAACUGAUAUUUUAACAAACAUAACUUGCUAUAUUGUCAACAAUACAUUGAUUAAAGAUGCCACCCUGUCAAUUUGAAA